CAAGAGUAGCGGUGGCGGCGGCGGCGGCGGCAGCAUUAUGCGUGAUUACUGACAGGCACCAGCUGCUGCCGCCACAGCCGUCUCAAACGCACUAUGUGGACUCUCCGAUCUAGAGGCAGAUUCCUGACUAAUCCCAGAGGGCUGGCCCAGCCUGUGCUCCCCGGGCUGCUAGGAAGCGAUGACCACUCUUGUUAACCCAAGUUGAAGAAAGCCAGGCUGUGCCUGGGAGCCGGGAGAGGCUGUACUAUUUAGAAGCCGCUCAGGAGAGGAACAUGAACUGAAGAGUAAACAUGUAUGGAAAUUAUUCUCACUUCAUGAAGUUUCCCGCAGGCUAUGGAGGCUCCCCUGGCCACACUGGCUCUACAUCCAUGAGCCCGUCAGCAGCCUUGUCCACAGGGAAGCCAAUGGACAGCCACCCCAGCUACACGGACACCCCAGUGAGUGCCCCACGGACUCUGAGUGCAGUGGGGACCCCCCUCAAUGCCCUGGGCUCUCCGUAUCGAGUCAUCACCUCUGCCAUGGGCCCACCCUCAGGAGCACUGGCAGCACCUCCAGGAAUCAACCUGGUUGCCCCACCCAGCUCUCAGCUAAAUGUGGUCAACAGCGUCAGCAGUUCAGAGGACAUCAAGCCCUUACCAGGGCUUCCUGGGAUUGGAAACAUGAACUACCCAUCCACCAGCCCCGGAUCUCUGGUUAAACACAUCUGUGCCAUCUGUGGAGACAGAUCCUCAGGAAAGCACUAUGGGGUGUACAGUUGUGAAGGCUGCAAAGGGUUCUUCAAGAGGACGAUAAGGAAGGAUCUCAUCUACACGUGUCGGGAUAAUAAAGACUGCCUCAUUGACAAGCGCCAGCGCAACCGCUGCCAGUACUGUCGCUAUCAGAAGUGCCUUGUCAUGGGCAUGAAGAGGGAAGCUGUGCAAGAAGAAAGACAGAGGAGCCGGGAGCGAGCCGAGAGUGAGGCAGAAUGUGCCAGUAGUGGUCAUGAAGACAUGCCUGUGGAGAGGAUUCUAGAAGCUGAACUUGCUGUUGAACCAAAGACAGAAUCCUAUGGUGACAUGAACAUGGAGAACUCGACAAAUGACCCUGUUACCAACAUAUGUCAUGCUGCUGACAAGCAGCUUUUCACCCUCGUUGAAUGGGCCAAGCGUAUUCCCCACUUCUCUGACCUCACCUUGGAGGACCAGGUCAUUUUGCUUCGGGCAGGGUGGAAUGAAUUGCUGAUUGCCUCUUUCUCCCACCGCUCAGUUUCCGUGCAGGAUGGCAUCCUUCUGGCCACGGGUUUACAUGUCCACCGGAGCAGUGCCCAUAGUGCUGGGGUCGGCUCCAUCUUUGACAGAGUUCUAACUGAGCUGGUUUCCAAAAUGAAAGACAUGCAGAUGGACAAGUCGGAGCUGGGGUGCCUGCGAGCCAUUGUGCUCUUUAACCCAGAUGCCAAGGGCCUGUCCAACCCCUCUGAGGUGGAGACUCUGCGAGAGAAGGUUUAUGCCACCCUCGAGGCCUACACCAAGCAGAAGUAUCCAGACCAGCCAGGCAGGUUUGCCAAGCUGCUGCUGCGCCUCCCAGCUCUGCGCUCCAUUGGCUUGAAAUGUCUGGAGCACCUCUUCUUCUUCAAGCUCAUCGGGGACACCCCCAUUGACACCUUCCUCAUGGAGAUGUUGGAGACCCCGCUGCAGAUCACCUGAGCCCUACCAGCCACAGCCUCCCCAUCCAGGAUGAUCCCCGGGCAGGUGUGUGUGGACCCCCACCCUGCACUUUCCUCCACCUCCCACCCUGACCCCCUUCCUGUCCCAAAAUGUGAUGCUUAUAAUAAAGAAAACCUUUCUACACAUGAGACUUUUAUAGGUGGACUUUUGUAUAGAUGUUAAAGGUAAUACGCUUUGCUGUCUACAGGGCUGUGGGACUUACUGGAAGUUCUUGGGAAAACUAACCAAGCCUCUGUACAUACAAUUGGUUUAAAUUAUUUUUUCAUUUGCCCUGGAAAGCAAACAAAUGAGUAAUAAAAUAAUAUAUGUGAAAUUGGC